CUCCAAUUGGAUGAUGGAGCACACAUUCGGGGAGGAGCAGUCCGAGCAGCCAAAAGGGAGGAAAAAAUGUGAAGGGUAAAAAAAAAAGACUUCCUUGCUGUGUAGACUCACGCUCCUCCAGCCUUACUUUCAGUUCACUGCAGCAGUGUGCGCUCUCUCCGGUUCACCGUGGCGAGUUGUGGCUUAAAAAGGGACUUCCAGACGAUACAGAAAGAAGUCAUAGAAUCGGAGCACACGCCGAAGUUGUAAGAGUUUCUGGGGGGACACAGUUUGGGGAGGUUUUACGCAUUGCGCAGGAUGCAGGCGCGCUACUCCGUCUCCAGCCCCAACUCUUUGGGAGUUGUACCGUACAUCAGCAGCGACCAGAGCUACUACCGGGCCGGCGGUGGAUACACCGGGAUGCCUGCGCCCAUGAGCAUGUAUUCCCAUGCGGCCCACGACCAGUACCCGGCCAGCAUGGCCCGGGCGUACGGACCGUACACCCCUCAGCACCAGCCGAAGGACAUGGUCAAACCUCCCUACAGCUACAUCGCUCUCAUCACCAUGGCCAUCCAAAAUUCACCGGAGAAAAAGAUCACCCUGAACGGAAUUUAUCAGUUUAUCAUGGAGAGGUUCCCCUUCUACCGGGAUAACAAGCAGGGCUGGCAGAACAGCAUAAGGCACAAUCUGUCUCUAAACGAGUGCUUUGUCAAAGUGCCCCGGGACGAUAAGAAGCCCGGUAAGGGCAGCUACUGGACUCUUGACCCGGACUCCUACAACAUGUUUGAGAACGGCAGUUUCCUACGGCGCCGGAGGAGGUUCAAAAAGAAGGACGUGCAAAAGGACAAGGAUGACAGACCAGGCAAGGACCCCUCUGCCCGCACCCCGGGCAGGGAGCAGGACCCGUCUGUGCAGGGCUCUCAGCCGGUACGGAUCCAGGAUAUAAAGACGGAGAACGGGACCUCAACGCCGCCGCAGGCCGCGUCCCCGGCCCUGAGCGCCGUUCCCAAAAUCGAGAGCCCCGACAGCAGCAGCAGCAGCAGCAUGUCAACAGGCAGCCCGCACAGUGUGCCCUCCACCCGGUCCCUCAGCAUGGAUGGACCCGAACACCACCAACACCACGGCCAGGCCCCGGCACAGGGCUUCAGCGUGGAUAACAUCAUGACCACCCUGCGGGGGUCUCCGCAGGCCGAGCUCUCCCCGCCACUCAUCGCCUCCUCUCGGACAGGUAUAACCCCUUCACUGUCGCUCAACUAUUCCCCGAACCAAACAUCCGGGUACAGCUCAACGCCCUGCAACCAGAACGCCUUGUCCAACUCCAACGCGACCUAUCACUGCAACAUGCAAGCCAUGAGCCUGUACGCGGGGGACAGAUCAUCCGGCGGCCACCUGGCGCCGUCCUCCACGGUGGAGGAGGCUCUGCCCGACUACUGCAUCACCACGACCACCGCGUCCCCUCUCGGACACAGCAACCUGGGCCAGGCAGGCCAGGAAGGCCACCACGGGCACCAGGGCAGGCUCGCGUCCUGGUACGGGGACCUGAGCCACUUGAGCCCGGGUUACCCGGCGCAGCAGCAGAACUUCCACUCUGUGCGGGAGAUGUUUGAGUCCCAACGGAUCGGGCUGAACGGCUCCCCGGUCAACGGGAAUAAUAGCUGUCAGAUGGCUUUCCCAUCCGGCCAGUCCAUCUACCGCACCUCAGGAGCUUUUGUUUAUGACUGCAGCAAGUUCUGAAAGCUAAAAGUGUGUCUUUUAAAUUAAUAACUCUAAUAUAUGUUUUAUAUAUUUUUUUUGUACUUUUGGUCUUUUUUAUUCACACUCCGAAUGGACAUAAGAGACUCAGAGACUGUUUUGUCGAGGCGUGUGUAACACCGAAAACACGUAAGUUUUCUUCCCUCUCACUUUGAGAAUUGUUUAUAAAAAUGGCUCAAAUACCAGCUUUUAUGACCAUAGACUGUAAAUUAUAGCCUAAUAUAGUAAUUUAUUUUUUAGGGCAAGGGAGUGGUUGGAUAUUGAGGACCAAACACUUAAAGUUUUUCCAGUUUUCUUAUUGCUGCCUUUAUUUGUCCCAGUUCUUGUAUAGAAAUAGAGAGGGGACUUUGUAGACUAUACUGACUUAUUUUAUUCAUUUUGUCUUAUUUGUCAAAAACUAUUUUGAAGGCAUUACAUUUUGUUUGUUUAAUAAAGUGCCGUCUAUUUGAUCCUAA